AAAAACGGGAGAUCGACAGAGACAGGGGAAGAGAGAGAAGAGAGAGAGAGAGAGAGAGAGCCCUUCGCUCGUCAAGGCGCCCUUCAAAACUGGCAGGCCUUCGCCUUUAAAUUCACGUUCGACGCCACCACCUUGAGAGCGAGAGCGAGAGAGAUAUAGAGAUGGGCAUCGAAGGAGAGGAGACGGCGGUGGAGCAGCAGCGGCGGCCCAGGAUCCUCUGCCUCCACGGCUUCCGGACCAGCGGGGAGAUCCUGAAGAAGCAGGUCCUCAAGUGGCCCGACUCCGUCCUCCGCCGCGUCGACCUCGUCUUCCCCGACGGCCCUUUCCCCGCGGAGGGCAAGUCCGACGUCGAGGGCAUCUUCGACCCUCCCUACUUCGAGUGGUUCCAGUUCAACAAGGAGUUCACGGAAUACACCAACUUCGACGAGUGCCUCUCUUACAUCGAAGAUGUCAUGAUCAAGCAAGGACCUUUCGACGGUCUCCUGGGUUUCUCACAGGGGGCGAUACUGUCGGCGGCGCUUCCGGGGCUACAAGCGAAGGGAGUGGCGCUGACCAAGGUGCCGAAGAUCAAACUCCUGAUAAUCAUCGGGGGGGCCAAAUUCAAGUCUCCAUCGGUGGCUGACAACGCGUACGCUUCUCCCAUCCAAUGCCCGUCCCUCCACUUUUUAGGAGAGACUGAUUUUUUGAAGCCGUAUGGGUUAGAACUGUUGGAGUCGUGUGCGGAUCCCAUCGUAGUUCAUCAUCCCAAAGGCCACACCAUUCCCAGGCUUGAUGAAAAGGGAUUGGAAACGGCAGAGAGGUUCCUCGACAGGAUUCGGGACGUUUUGGCAGAGGAUGAAGAACACUAGAUCGACCACCCAUUCGGCGAUAGGGCGUUUCUUUAGAGACCUAAUAAGAGUCUUGUUUGCUUUAUUUGAAUGCAUUAUAGUUUCAGCUUUCUAUUCACGAUCCAAUCUUUGGUCAUUUCAUAAGUUCUGUAUGUUUGACAUUCAAAUAUAGCUUGAUAGGUCGGAUCUAGGUUCAGACUUCAGAGCCUAAACUACAUGUAUGCAUUUCGACAGAUAUACGGUCUUGGCGUUCAGGUUCUGAACCUUGAAUGACCGAGCGAGUAAUGCUAGUUAUAAUUCUCCA